CACUUGCGUGUAUUGUCAUGUACAGAAACCCCAUUCCCCACAAAAUAAAAGCUAUCGAUAGACCCACACCCCACCGUUCAUUUUUCUCCUUGCCUUUCUCUUUCUCCCUCCAUCUCCUCGCCUCUCUUUUUGCCCUAUCUGAUAGGGUUUCCAUGUCCUCGUAGAUCCCAAUUCUCUCAUGAACUCCUGCUUUGAAGCUCUGUACGUCGUCGUGUCAGCCUUAGUCUUCUUCGGCUCUCUCUUUUUUGCUCUCUUUGGAGGGUUGUCUGGUGCAAACCGGUGCAGAUUCCACCUCCCGGGGUUUUUUGAGCUAUUCCCAUGUCUAAGCUCUUCGGUUUCAGUGGAGAUGAUGAUUUUUGCCCUCGGGGGUCAAUAUACCCAAACCCCAAGGAAUCUAGCCUCUUUUUGUCACUUGGUAGUCAUGUGGAUGUUUAUUUUCCUCCUCGCAAGAGGUCUCGCAUCAGCGCUCCAUUUGUUUUCAGUGGAGAAAGGGUUGAGCAGAAGAAGCAGGUCUCUAUUGAUGUUCUGCCAGAUGAAUGCCUCUUUGAGAUCUUCAGGAGGUUGCCUGGAGGCCAGGAGAAGAGUGCCUGUGCAUCUGUUUCCAAGCGUUGGCUUACUCUUUUGAGCAAUAUCUGUAGGGAUGAAUUCUGCAGCAACUCAACCACUGAAUAUUUGAAGCCUGAGGAAAAGAGUGCUGAGAAUAAGGCUGAAGAUCCAGAAAUUGAGAGUGAUGGAUGCCUUUCUAGGAGCUUGGAAGGGAAGAAGGCAACAGAUGUUAGACUUGCUGCCAUUGCUGUUGGAACUGCUAGUCGUGGUGGUUUGGGAAAGCUUUUGAUCCGGGGAAGCAAUUCUGCUCGCAGGGUGACUGACGUUGGUCUCAGGGCAAUUGCUCGUGGCUGCCCUUCUCUGAGGGUGCUUUCUCUGUGGAAUCUUUCUUCUGUAGGAGAUGAAGGUCUGUGUGAGAUUGCUAAUGGGUGUCACCAGCUUGAAAAGCUUGAAAUUUGCCAGUGCUCUGAAAUUACUGACAAGGCUUUGCUUGCAGUUGCCAAACACUGUCCUAAUCUGACUGAUUUGACAAUAGAGUCCUGUUCAAAAAUUGGGAAUGAAGGCCUGCAAGCUAUUGGGCGCUGCUGCCCCAAUCUGAAGUCCAUUUCCAUUAAAGAUUGCCCCCUUCUUGGAGAUCAUGGAGUUGCAAGUUUAUUAGCUUCUACCUCUUAUGUCCUAACUAAGGUGAAGCUGCAGGCUUUGAACAUUACUGAUGUGUCUCUGGCUGUUAUUGGACACUAUGGCAAGGCUGUAACUGAUCUUGCCCUCAUUAGCCUCCCAAAUGUGAGUGAGAGGGGCUUCUGGGUCAUGAGCAAUGGUCAUGGGUUGCAGAAAUUGAAAUCCUUCUCAAUUACAUCAUGCCGAGGAGUAACAGAUACCGGGCUUGAAGCUGUGGGCAAAGGGUGCCCAAACUUAAAACAGUUCUGUCUCCGUAAGUGUGCUUUGUUAUCUGAUAGUGGGCUGGUCUCUUUUGCCAAAGCUGCAGGGUCACUUGAGAGCCUGCAAUUGGAAGAGUGCCACAGGAUCACCCAAGUUGGGUUUUUUGGUUUACUUAACUGUGGUGCAAAAUUGAAGGCUCUUGCUAUGGUGAACUGCCUGGGUAUUAAGGAUCUAAAUAUGGGAUUGCAUCUACCAUCUCCUUGCAAAUUCCUGCGAUCAUUGUCCAUCCGUAAUUGCCCUGGGUUUGGUGAUGCUAGCCUGGCUGUGUUGGGGAAGCUGUGUCCUCAACUGCAGCAUCUAGACUUGAGUGGGCUUCAGGGAAUAACAGAUGCUGGGUUUCUCCCACUGCUUGACAACUUUGAGGCUGGUCUGGUGAAGGUUAAUCUUAGCGGUUGCGUGAAUUUGACAGACAAAGUGGUUCUAUCCUUGGCUGAACUGCAUGGUUGGACUAUUGAAAUGCUAAAUCUCGAUGGUUGUUGGAAGAUCAGUGAUGCAAGCAUGGUUGCAAUAGCAGAAAACUGCCAAUUGCUUGGUGAUCUUGAUGUUUCAAAGUGCAUGAUCACCGAUUGUGGGAUUGCAGCACUGGCCCUGGCAAACCAACAGCUCAAUCUCCAGAUGCUCUCAGUUUCAGGGUGCUCUUUGAUAACGGACAAAAGCUUGACUGCCUUGGAAAAAUUGGGCCAGAACCUCUUGGGGUUGAAUCUCCAACACUGCAAUGCCAUCAGCAUUAGCACUGUUGAGCUGCUUGUGGAGCAGCUAUGGAGGUGUGACAUCCUUCACUAAGCAGGGAAUGGCGUGUUGAAACCCCCCUUUCCUGAUUCAUGGAAGGACAGGGUUGAACUAAAUUAGGUCUCAGAAUUCCACUCGGGUUUUGUGAGCAGCAGGUUGUGUAUUUUUUGGGUCCAUAAGCUAUGGGUCUUCAGUAAUUCGGUUACCCGGUUCCAUUUUCCAGGGAGUACAGCCAUUGACUCUUUUUUACAGGUUUCCUUAAUUGGAAUCUGUUCCAGUUUUUUUGCUCCCAAGUAAUGGGGGCUUCACUUUGUCAUGAUGGCUGUAUUUCCCUGAGAACGUAGUUACCGAGUCCUGAAUCUAUGGUUUCUUACGAGUGGUCAUGGUUUUUGUAUUGCUGGGUGUCAGCACCUGGUGUUUUUAGCCUAGCCUUCAUGCAUGUAUGUGCUAGGGCUAUUCUCUCUCCCCUUCCCAGUUGUGAGUCUGUCCAUUGUCUUUUACCGAGUCUUUCACGUUUUUGAACUUGUGUUCUGCACGUGAUGGUUGGGUCUCUCUGUUUUCCUCAAAGGGCAGGUUAUGUUCCUGGAUCCAGUUUAUUGUGAUGGUUGGCUGUGGCAGUUUGAAAUUUUUGGUGCCUUGUGGUUUCUGGGGCUUUGGCCGUGGCAGUAGGUUUAUAUACAAAUUCUGCCAUGACAACCUCUUCCUCACGGAGGGUUGUUUUUUUUUCACCAAGCCCUAGUUUUUCAGGCUUCCUUUGUUUGCAAACUGUGCUAUGCAACCUCCUCCUUAUGAUGUAAUGAAAAUUGUUAUCUGCCCUUUGUGAUGUAUUAUGCUUUUCACCCUAUUGGGGGAUGAUAAAUAAAAAAUUUCUGUCUUUGUAUUUA